UCCGGCCCAGCCGGAAGCCCGAGAAGUCGCUGUUUCGAAUAGGUGCCCGCCCCUGCGGGGGCGGAGAGACAGGCCCUGGGGCCGGCGGAGAAUGACCUUCUCGCGGGGACCCGACGACGGCCGCCCCUGACCAUUCGCGCGACACAGCCCAGUGCGACGUAUGGUCUUGGGCCGGGCGCCAUGGACGCUUUCAUCCGCUUCACCAACCAGACCCAAGGCCGGGACCGGCUCUUCAGAGCCACUCAGUACACAUGCAUGUUGCUUAGAUAUUUGUUAGAGCCUAAAGCUGACAAAGAGAAGGUGGUAAUGAAGCUCAAGAAACUGGAGGCCAGUGUGAGCACUGGCCGUAAAUGGUUCAGAGUAGGCAAUGUGGUACAUGCUCUACAGGCGACUCGAGAGAGCAUUCAUGCCACUGACCUGGUGCCCCGCUUCUGCCUAACACUAGCCAGCCUGAACCGCGUGGGUUAUUUCAUCUGUGACACCAUCCUCUUUGUGAAGAGCAUAGGGAUCACCUCUGGCAUAAACAAAGAGACGUGGCAAGUGUGGGCUGCUCGCUAUUACUGCUCCUCCCUUCUGCUGAGCCUGGUCAGGGAUCUGUAUGAAAUCUCCCUGCAGAUGGAGCAGGUUGCCCACGACAGGGCAAAGAGGGAGAAAUCACCCACCCAGGAUCCUUUUGGGUACAGCGUGGCUGAUGAGGAAACCGAAUGGCUCCAGUCCUUUCUCCUUCUCUUAUUCCGGUCUCUGAAGAAGCAUCCUCCCUUGCUCCUGGACACAGUGAAGAACUUCUGUGAUAUCCUGAACCCUUUGGACCAGUUGGGGAUCUAUAAGUCCAAUGCUGGCAUCAUAGGCCUUGGAGGUCUUGUGUCCUCUCUAGCAGGCAUCAUCACCCUGGCGUAUCCUCAGAUGAAGCUGAAGAUCCACUGAGGUGGUUUCAGGCUGAAGACUGGUAUCUGCUUUUUAAAGACAACCUGUUAGUGGAAUGGACAUUUGCAUUAAGGCACAGUCAUGUCAUACUGUGCUUAAGGACUUACUCACAUGACCAGUUUGUGACCUGUGAUGUGACCAGAGGUGAAGCCAAGAAUGGUGGAGGGGAGAGCAUGAUUUAUAUGUGUUCUAGAGUGCUGGCGUGACUUCUGAACUUCUGAGUAUUUUUCCUUCAUCUAACGUUUAUUGAGCAUCUCUUAUGUGCAUAGUAGGAACUUAGUAGUUGCUGAAUAAAUAAAAAUUGAAAGAGAAAAAUU